AUGCCCAUUACCCAAUACUCCCAGAUCCGACCUGGUCUCGCAGUCUCGAUAGUCCUGAAAGCAGAUCAAAAGACCGGCCGUCAAGUCCAAGGCACCGUGUCGCAACUCCUCACCAGUCACAACCACCCUCGGGGGAUCAAGGUGAAACUCACAGACGGUAGAGUGGGCCGUGUCCAGCAGAUCCUCCCCCUCCCUUCCUCCUCCGAACCUCAGACGCAGGCUCGGUCCCAGACUCGGUCUCGUCAGACCGACACGAACACGGCCGGCACCAGCGCCGGCACCGGUGGCAGAAUGACCUCGAGCAACAACAAUCCAUGGCAAGACGUACCCAGCCAGGGGAACCCAUUUACGGUGCAAAACUCCUCCUCUCGCUCCCAAUCCCAGCAGGGCGCGGCGCAGUCGUACUACAAUAACCAGUCCACUGAUCCCGCCCAUCAGCCCCAGUACCCUGCGCGGCCGAACCAGGCGUGGCCACAGCAACAGCAACAGCAGGGGUACGGCGCGCAGCAGCCUGGCACCGGCCAAUCUCAGGGCGGCGGCGGCGGCGACGAUCAGUUCUUUGCGGCGCAGGGUGACAGAGCUGCGCAGAUCGAGCACCUGCAGCAGUACGAGGCGAGUGCGCCGCAGAGCCAGGCGGAUCUAGAUCAGGCGCAGCUGCAGAAGGAGUUUCCAAACAUUGACGGGAGUCUCAUUGCGGCCAUAUACAACGAAAGACCGGGAAACCUGGGCGAAGUACGCGAGCUGUUGCAGGAGCUUAAUUCGUGA